GGUCGGCGGUGGCGCGCGUGCGCAGUCGGGCCCCGCUGGGCCUCAAGGUGAUGGUGGGGACGGGCGUUGCUGCACGUUGCCCUGACGAGCGAGUGCGCGGCAGCGGCAGCGGCAGCGGCACCGUUGGGUCAACCGCCGUCCGUUGCGUCUCCAUGGCUCCGGGCCGUGAGGAAGAGCAGUAGCGUGGCCACAAGUGUGUGUUGAAGUGCAGAGUCAGAACUCUGUGAGAUACUUGGUGAAAGUUGAAAGGUGUGAGGAAUCUACCAGUUGACAGUUGGAUGAAGUGUCUUGGAGACAGAGUCUUCAAUAUGUUCAAGAAAUACAUUUGAAAGGUGGGGAAUUAGCAGAAGAAGAAAAAGUUUUCGAAGAUCAAAAACUUAUACGUCUUCUGUUGUAUAUCUUUAAAGUAAUAAAGGGAACCUCAGGCACACUUCAUCAAAAUGCAGAGGAGCGUAUUACAAACAGCAUCGCAGCUGGCACAUGGGACAUGUUUGUUUUUUUCCCCCACUAAUAUCUUUCAGUGCUUAAAAGAACAAUCAGUCUCAUCUAAGGUUGGAUGCAAAGUGAUUUUGGCACUGGGCCCUCCUAAACGAAGUCACCAUGCAGGUGCAGCACUGUUUGCCUCAAAGAAAAGUGUAUUUUCAUCCCAGCCAGCAAACACUCCUCACAAAUUACCAGAAGACAGAAAUGCUUUGACUUCAGCCAAUGAUAUACCCAAACAGAGCCCUGUAGAAUCAGACUCUUCAGACCCUGAUCCAUUACAAGACAAAUCAAUUAGUCUUUUUCAGCGAUUCAAGAAGACUUUUAAACAGUAUGGAAAAGUCAUGAUUCCAGUGCAUCUUUUGACUUCCACUGUAUGGUUUGGAUCCUUUUACUAUGCAGCCAUGAAAGGAGUGAAUGUUGUUCCAUUCCUAGAAUUGAUUGGCUUACCAGACAGCAUAGUAAACAUCCUGAAAAAUUCCCAAAGUGGAAAUGCACUAACUGCAUAUGCAUUGUAUAAAAUUGCAACUCCUGCCAGAUACACUGUGACUUUAGGAGGAACAUCCAUCACUGUCAAAUAUCUACGUAAAAGUGGCUACCUGUCCACACCACCACCAGUAAAGGAGUAUCUGCAAGAUAGGAUGGAAGAAACAAAAGAUAAAAUUACAGAGAAGAUGGAGGAAACAAAGGACAAAAUUACAGAGAAGAUACAGGAAACCAAAGAUAAAGUUUCAUUUAAAAAAAUAAAGGACUAGGAAAGAUGCUUAAUUUUUGGAUAUAUCAAGCUUAGCACUUUAACCCUUUGAGGCAGGAGCUACAAAGUGCACUUCUGAGCUUUCAUUUUUAUUGUCUGGAGACUACAAUUGCUCUGUGGAUUAAAAAUUUCUGUACAUUCACCAAGGCUAAAGUUCACUGUGAGAGGAUAGUUGUAAGAAAACUUUUCAUUUAUGAAAGCAAAAAUGAAUCUCAGACUAGAAGUUCAUCUGUCCAUUGGUUAAUGCUGUCAAUACUUCUUCCCCAUUUUUUCCUGAAAAAUGAAGACGUGUCUUCCACAAGCCACCUUUCUACUCUUGCCCCAUUUUAAUGCAUAAUUAUUAUUCCAUCAGAAUUAAUCUUCCAUUACACAAGAAUGAAGAUUUAUCUACUGGGGAAGACAAUAUAUUUUGGGUUUCAGAGUAUGUGUAGCCAGGCCUCUUUAGCCGUUGUCAUCUCUCAACUCAGAGACAGACCAUUAUCACAAAUACUGCACAUGAAGGAAUCAGUGGAUUAGCUACUGUGGCUGUAUAAAUUGUAACAACUACAUUGACUUCAGCUGAGCUUUGACAGUUUACAGGUUGAAGAUAUAAACCUUUGCUGGAAAGUGUCUUUUCAGAAAUCUCUCAACUGAAAGGGAUAGGAAGAUGAGUAAAUCACAAUAGCCAUAUUGUCAGGUAUACUUUUUUUUCCCCUAAAGUUGAUUUACAAUAGAAGCUUAUUAAAUAAAAUGAAUCAAUAAUUGUAUAUUAAAAACUAGAUUUUUUUAAAUUAUAUUAAAGCUUACAAAACUGUUCUAUUUCAUGGUAGCCCUACACCAAUAAAAAAUACUCAAAAGGAGAACUUGACUUACUUUACUUGAUUAACUGGUAUUCUAAUGGGUUCUUUAAAAAGAAUUCUAUUCUUUUUAAAAACAUGAAAAGUUAGAGCUAAACACAAAAGUUCCCCCUCCUAGUCAAGAAUCCCCUAGACUUCAGAAGAACAGUUUACCUAAAAUAAGCAUAACUUCUGUGAGACAGUGAUCACAGUCUGCCAGACUUUUUCCCUCUAGAUGUUCUUAGGAAAAGCAAAUACUUUCAUUCAGAGCUGAAGGUUGAAAUGCUGUAUCAGACAUAAACGACUAAAGCUGAAACUGCUCUAUUGACUUGUGCAGGCAAACUUCUCUUGUUUUUAUUCGAAUUUAGGCUGAAUUAACUUUUUUUUUUCCUAUUUCUAUUACAGACCUCACUUUCUAACAAAUCUCUGCAUGCUUUUUUAGAAGGGUUUUUUUGCAGGGUGAUACGGGGGAUCAACAGGGUUGGACCUUAGAGUUGUCACUGACUAAAAUAAAAGAACAUAGCUGAUCAAAUAUCAGCUUUGCCCCAGUCCUGUGCUUUCAGAUGAGUCAUUGAGGGCCUGUGCAUGUUUAAGUGGGUUGAAAUUUGUUAACUUAAUUGUGCAAGAUUGAUUACAUACUUGUCUGCUGCUGUCCAUGUCAAAUGGUAACUGCAAUCUAAUGCCUACCUCACAGGGAUGUUGUGAGGAAUAAUCAUUGUAUGUUCAGUGCCCUGAAGAUAAAAAGUGCCAUGUUUCUUUAGAAUAUUAAAAAAUAAUUCUCUCUAACGGUGAACUCUUAUGCUGUUGAGAUAAGCACUACUAUCAGAUUGGAGUUAAUCAGAUGUUUUUUCUCCUAUUUUAGUAUCUUAAAUUUUUGAAGUAAUGCUCAGACACUGAAAAUGUUAACUUACAGUCAUGUAUUGCUGCAGAGUUAACUUAUCUUACCAUCUGAACUGUUGGAGUUCCCUGCAUAAAAGCCUCUUACGCAAAUCGA